AUGCAGGGGGAGGCUGAAAAGGCCACGCAAGUACACGAGGCGGAAAUAAUCAGUGAGACAAGGUUGUGCAAGGAGGAGGUUCCAGAUUCACCAGGAGACAUUGCGCGUCAAGAUGUGCGUUCUCUUUCAGAAGGGGAAAACGUUGUUUUGGAGCUGAACCGUCUCCAAUAUCUCUAUUCCCAAGAAGGCCCAUUUAUAGGCUCCCGGAAGAAGGACACCUCCGAUACGUCUGUGGAUAAGCGUGGCCGUCGUCACAUUGUUAGAGUUCCCCAACCAGAGGUGGACUAUCGUCCCAACGAGACUUCCUUUAGGAGGCUGCCGAAAAACACGCGUAUUCCUAAUGAAUAUGAGCUGCGGGCACUGUAUCCACAAAGUACAGGUCUUACGUUGGUACAGGGAAAUGCUGCUUGUGUUGAUCAUAGCGCAUUCAAUGUCGAUGAAGAUCCGGCACCAAUGGCAUAUACAAUGGUUACACCCCCCGAUUGGUCAAAGGAGCGCGAGUAUCCUUACAUGGUUGUCCUUCCCGAUCAUCGGGGUAUUCCGCGAGACUUUGAAGAUGUGUGCGCAAACUUUUUUGAGCGUCCGUCGCAUAGGCAACUGAUGCUUGAACAAAACUGGGUUAUAAUUUCUCCCAUCGUUAACCUUCGACACAAUUUUCAGGUUCCAGUUGAAGGUGUGGUAGCGCGCUUUUGUGACUGGGUUGUUGAGAACUUCAAUGUGGAGCAUGGGAGAGUUCAUUUAUUUGGGAAAGGGAAUGGGGGUUAUGUUGCUCUUCGUACCGCAAUGGAGCAUAAGGAAGUGGCUAUUAGUGUGACAGCAAUACUAGGACGGUCUGGAACGCCAUUCAGACCACUAGAUCGUCCCCAGGAGAAAGUAAGAAACCUCAAUGGGGUACAUACACUAGUGUUUGUACCUGGUCUGUUGAGAAAACAGGACUGGUACUACAAGUUCAAGUUUAUGAUGGACAUGGCACGCAUCAGACCGGCAUUGAGGAAUAUUCACUUUGCUGAUGUGCGGGACCACCAGGUGUAUUAUGCCAUUAACCCGUACGAGUUUUGGAACCACAUGAAAUUUUUUCGUCAGCAUAAUAUCAAGAUGGUGACAGAAAGCGGCUACAAUAUUCGUUGA